UCCUCCAUAGUUUGUGAGUUAGUGACUGUUAUUCUACCAACGUGUGUUAUUCGAUAUUCGGUAAUGGUAAUACCAUUAGUUUGAGGAAGCGAGAAACUGAGAACUGCUGAAAUGUUGACGUACGACUAGUGACUAUUAAUCAUCAAACUAAAACACGCUAAACAGUAAUUCUGAAUUCUGCAUUCUUGCUUACGAUAAGUAAGACUAACAAAUAACAAUAGUCUUCCAUUAAAACGUGUCAUUAAAUCAUGAAAGUAUGAAUCUCAUAAAGUAGUGCGAUUGUUUUUUUUAAAUUUUAAAUAGCCAAUUAUCGGAAACCCAACAGAAAUGGCUCCUAAAAAGAAAGUUAUCAAUGCUUAUUCAGUAUAUAUGACAGAAAUUCAACAGACACUUCUCAAGCAAGGGAAAAAAUUAAGCAUGCCUGAAAUGUCUGUGUAUUGCAAAAAAGAUUGGGAAAAUAUGUCUGAAGAGAUGAAAGAAAAGUAUAAGAUACAAGCUAAAAAUAUGAAAAGUGAUGAAAAAAAAGGCAAAUUUACUUCGAUUGGUGAAAAUGUGGUAGAUGUUCAAAAACAAUCAGUUGAUACUAUUUUUCAAGCAAAUGCUAUGUAUGAGUAUAUAAAAGAAUUGCUUGACAUGCAACCAUCCAAUUAUUAUCUUCCUAAACAAACAUUCAUUGUGAUUCAUGUAAAUCCUUAUACAAGCGAGAAAGAAGGAUUUUAUUUUCCCGCUGAGAUAUCUAUGGCUGAGUUUUCUUUAGAAAAAGGCUUAAUACGUAUUUUUCAUCAAUUAAUUGGAUUUGAUCAAGUCAGAACAAGUGCUCCGAAAGCCUGUACUGGGGAUAUAAACAAUCACGCUGCUAAUAAUCAUAAGAUUAAUGUAUUCUUAAUGUUCCCGAAUAAUUACACAAAAAUAUUAUUAAAAAUAAUUGGUUUUAUCAUGAACAAAGAAGUUGAUGAAGCUGUGCUAAAUGACCCAACAUUAGACAUGCCACCAGUCUAUACUGCACACACACCUAUUGAUAAUGAAUUGAUGAUUACUGGCACUAGUUUAUUUAAAUUGUUUGGAAGUGCAGUAAAGAAUGCUGAUAGAAAUUAUUUCAAUAAUAUUAUAAGGGUUUACCAUUUGGAUAAACUAUUAAUGGAACUAAAAAAUAGAUGUCAUAAAAUUCGAUAUCCAGAAUCAGAGGAUUUAGCUUUACCUUCUGUUGCAAUGGCCACUGAUACUUUAACAAAAGAUGUAUUUAGUACAAUCAUAUCAAUUGGUUGUAAUUAUCAUGAAAAGCUGGAACACUCUCAUGUUUGUAGUAAUUUUUUUGUGUGCAAAUGGAUACACAUUGUAUCAGCUCAUUGUUGUCGCUAUUUUGACAUAAAACUUGCACCUGGUUGUCAUUAUGAUUUUGAUUUAUCUGAAAUAGAAAAUCCAAUUGAAGAAAAUUUUGACAAGCUUAAUAUUUCUAAAUUUUCUGCUAAUUUUUCCAUUAAUUCAGAAAUAGAUAAAUCGAUAUCUGCUACCAGUAACUUUCCAGCACUUGAUAAUAAAUCAUCAAAUGCUAUUCAAAAACCGGUAUGGAAUAAACCAGAAUCUAGAGCUAAUACAAAUCGUGAAACUGCAACAAAUCAAGUAAACAACUUUCCUCCACUUGGUGAUCCGCAAUCUAUUCAAAACAUUACUCCUACAACUGAAACAAAUGACUGGUUUAGGAAUACUGGUCGGGGCAGAGGUAUUAUUAACCAAAACCAAUCAAAUGAAAAUUCACAGCAACCAUACAAAGGAAGAGGAUAUUUUAAAGAUAAAAGCAAAUAAAUUACAAAUAAUGGUUAGGAAACCAUUCAUUUCAUUACUAAUUUUCUUAAUUUCUAACUUAAAUGAUAAAAAUUAUUUUUCAAUACAAAAACAAUUAUUUUAUAAUGGAUUUGCUAAAAAUUGAUCAAUUUUUAUAUACAAAAAAAAAAAAAAUGUUACUUUAAAUUGGUUGUUUUAAUGCAUUAAAGAUUAAAAACCCAUACAUCAACAUAUAUUGAAAUUUUACCUAAAAAAAUUAUUAUUAUUAAUAAACACUACUCAAACAUUCAUUCAUAUUUUUAAAUGUUGACCAACUUUUAUUAUAAAAAUCUAUUACUCAAUUAUUUUAAUUUUAUUUUCAAACAUUAGGUACGUCAUAAUAAUAAAUUACUAUAACUCGACAUAUAAACAGUAUAAAUGUAUAUUCUUUAAAUGUAAUCUAGCAUUUUUAAAUAACUCGGUGGAUUUGAAUUUGUAUUAUAAAAUAAUUUGUUUUCAACUAGAUACUCAAUAAUAAAAAUAAAACAAGCUGUUGCUUGUUAAGUACACUAUUUGACUAUUUUAUUUAUUAUCAAUGAACAAAUGAAUUAUUAGCCUCAUAAUUACCAUUGUACGUCCAUACUUUUAUGACACAAUUGAAUAUAUCUUACCUAAUUUAAGAAUAUAAAUCAAAUCAAAAUAUACCAA